AUGGCAGGACCUCUACUAUUUGCAAAGACUUCGGAAGGUUUGCUAUUUCAGUCAACAACGAGUCUAGAGAAGAGUCAUGUUGUUCAUUUGUCUGCGCACGAUCAAGUUGUUAGGUCUAUAGGAGGCGAAGACUUUCCAACACAGGGAGUGAUCAAAAUUGCUGCGCUCUUAGGUUUCAUUAAGUUGAAGUUGAACCGGUAUGCUGUUAUUGCUAAUAGAGUUGAGGAAACUGGUCGCUUCAAUCGCCAUACAAUCUAUAGGGUUGUUGAACAUUCUAUAGUAGCUGCUAAAGAGAUCCAGACCAUGGAUUCUGAUGAGUCGGAGUGUUUGAAAUUACUCAAUCUGCAUUUGAAGAACGGAACAUUUUAUUUCUCGUAUACUUAUGAUAUGACCAAUUCUCUACAAAGAAAUAGAGAGAUAGGCGUAGCAUCUUGGAAGACUGCCGACACGAGAUUCUUCUGGAAUCAUUAUUUAUGCGAGGAGCUGAGAAACUUGGUCAGCGAGGGUUACCAAGUUGAGGAUUUUAUUCAGCCGAUGAUCUAUGGUUAUGCUAAGGUUAUUGAUACGAUCAUUAAUUCUACUCCAAUUUCCUUGGGUCUGAUCACAAGACGUAGUAGAUUGAGAGCAGGCACAAGAUAUUUCCGUCGUGGGAUCGAUGAAGAUGGUAAUGUCGGGAAUUACAAUGAAACAGAGCAACUGCUCUUUGUUAAAUCAUCGUUGGAUGGUGAUGCACAAAUAUUUUCCUAUUUGCAAAUAAGAGGUUCUGUUCCAGUAUAUUGGGCAGAAAUUAACAAUCUAAAGUAUAAGCCAAACUUGGUUAUUGGUGAAAGUUCGUCCCUCAACGCUACUAGAACUCAUUUUGAUCAACAAAAACAAUUAUACGGCGAUGUUUACUUGGUUAACCUAGUUAAUCAAAAGGGUUAUGAGCUUCCUGUCAAAGAAGCCUACGAAUCUGCUGUACAUGCUUUGAAUGACUCAGAGUUGCAUUACGUCUAUUUUGAUUUUCAUCAUGAAUGUCGUAAAAUGAGGUGGUAUAGGGUGAAGUUACUGAUUGAUCACCUGUCUAAAAUGGGCUUGAAAGAUUCUGAUUUUUUCCAGGAAAAAGUGGGGGCUGAUGGGUCCACUGUCGACGUUAAACAACAGCGUUCGACUGUAAGAACAAAUUGUAUGGACUGUUUAGAUAGGACAAAUGUUGUUCAAUCUGUUUUGGCACAUUGGGUAUUGCAAAAAGCACUUGAAACCGCCGAAGUUGUGAGAGACGGUGCCCCUUGGGAAAGCGAUUUGCCGCUGCUUGCCGCAUUUCAGAAUUUAUGGGCUGAUAAUGCAGAUGCUGUGAGCUGUGCAUACUCUGGAACUGGAGCUUUGAAAACAGAUUUCACACGAACCGGUAAACGCACUCGUAUGGGGGCCUUAAAAGAUUUUUUAAACUCAGCAUCUCGUUAUUAUCAGAACAAUUUGGCGGAUGGCCCAAGGCAAGAUUCCUAUGACUUAUUUUUGGGAAACUUUAAGCCUUAUAUGACAUCUAUUCAAUCACCAUUUCCUGAUAGAAGACCGUUUUUUGUUCAACUAAUGCCAGUCGUUAUCUAUGCUGCCUUGACCGUGUUGACAUCAACUAUAGUAUUCCCUAAGGAUCAUUUUACAAGCAAAAAAAAUUUAGCUUUCUUCCUCAGUGCCUCCAUUAUAUUAUUCAUUUCCACCCGGUCUUUGAUCAAAGACGGUAUUCAAUACGUUAACUGGCCAAAACUGGUAGAUGUUGGCUUCUUGGUUGCUCAACAAACGCAUGACAAGGAGAGAGUGUUCAAAGGUUUGAGGUUUCUUCCUAGUUCAAAAUUUAUCAAGCCUGGUUCUGUGAAGAAGGAUUGA